AAUCUUAAGGAGUCAGCUGUCCACCUCAUACUUGUGUGGCGUCACUCCACUUCAGUAACGCAGCAGCCUGGGAAGGAGGGACCCGUUUUUUUCUGCUGUCCCGAGACUGGUGGCGCUGCGGGUCUGAAGCUGGACAUGUCUGUUUCAGGACAGCAGGCUCAGGCCGGAAGUUGGGACAGAGACCCGCUCUGAGUCCGACAGUGCGAGACUGUUUAUUGUGGUUGUGCACAUGCGAUUUCAUGCAAAUAUCACGCGAUAUGAGAUGCAGGUACUGGUGGCGUUGUCAUGUACGUUUUGAGUUUCUGUUAAAUUAAGCGUGUAAAUCACAUUGUUUACACGCUGGACGCUUUGCGGUUGUUAUAUAAUAUAUGUCAAAUCUUGUAGUUUGGCUUUCGUUGUGGUUACACCGGCUGGGUUUAUUAAACUGACACCGUAUUUUCACAUUGCGCGUUCGGAAAGAAAGCUUAAAUUCUUCUGCAGUCCGUUAAAACUGUAAUGUAAUUUCCCCUGUACUUCCCUGUGUGGUCAUUAUACUGUGCGCUGUGGGGAAUGAUACAGUCUGACCGCGACACGCCCGGAGAAGAAGCGCUCGAGCGUUUAUCAGCGGGUUUCUCCUGGUUCCGCCGAAGGACGCCGUUUGCUUUAUAAGUAAUAAUUCGGUGACGUGACCGAACACUUCAGGAAGCGAUUUAUUAAUACGCGUUGCAUCCAUAAGAUUAGGCACGUUGUGGCACGACUUGUGCGUUUGCUCCAGCACAUUCGAUCGGCAAUGGCGUCGACACACGGCUGGCUUAGAUAGCGUCAAUGCAGCGUCCGAAAAUUCCCAGUCUGACUUACUGUAAGGAGUUAAAACAUGGAUGUGGACAUUGACAUGAACGGCGGGGAAUCACUGUGCUCAACAUGCGGGUCAUCCUGACAACACUGUAGACAAAGGUGUCGUCGAUCGCACGCGGAAGCGCGCGCCUCUCGUUUCAGGCAGCAGAAGUGAAGGCAGCAUCCGGUGGUCGGCGACCAUGGGGAGAACCAUCAGACAGUGGCACUGUCAACCCAGCAGAAGGCUGCUUAUUCCCCUUCUGAGCUUGCUGUUGAUUUUGCUGGUUCUUCUUUUGAAACUGCCCAUCUUCCGCAAGGACCCCAAGCCUGUGGAGGUGCCGGUGGACCCCAUCUACCGACAGCGUGUCCAUUCCUAUGUCCGAGAGGUACUGGCCCGAGAAUGCAGACCUUCUUUUGCACGACAGAGAAUGGAGGCUGAACAUUCCAGCUCUACAGCAGUUCUAAAGCCUUUUUUGGACAAGAACACUCAUUUGAAUGAACAAAUAUUCCAAUAUCCACCACCGUUUGGUUUCCUGCACAUGAAGAACAAGCUUCAGGAGAUCAUGGACCUCCUACCAGCCUCCUCUGAGGAGAGACAUGGAGGGAAGGACUGUCGUCGAUGUCUAGUGAUUGGAAAUGGAGGGAUACUGAAAGGAUUGGGGCUCGGUCCCCUUUUUAACCAGUUCGAUACCAUAAUCAGAUUGAACAGCGGUCCCGUGCGAGGUUUCAGCGCAGACGUCGGGAGCCGCACCUCCAUCAGGAUGAGUUAUCCUGAAGGCUCCCCGAAGGUCUGGGACGACACUGAUUCGGAUCUCAGAUUUGUGGCUGUGAUCUAUAAGUCUAUCGACUUCCACUGGCUUCGUGCGAUGAUUACCAAGAUGUCCGUUGCGCUGUGGGACCGGCUGUUUUUCUGGCAGAGCGUGUCGACAAGUGUCCCGCUCAAGGCCUCCCAGUUUCGUCUGCUGAAUCCAGAGAUUAUUAGAGAGACGGCCUUCGAUCUGCUUCACUAUCCCAGUGUUAGAGAACGCAUCUGGGGCUGGGACCAGAAUGUCCCUACAUUAGGAGUGUCUGCGCUCAAUCUGGCAACAUACCUGUGUGACGAGGUGAGUUUAGCAGGCUUCGGCUAUAACCUCAGCCGGAAAGACGCUCCUCUCCACUACUACGGCAACAGCCUCAUGACAUCCAUGCUAAAGGAAGCCAUGCACAACGUGCGGACCGAGACGGUUUUCCUCAAGCGUCUGGUAGCGUCGGGCAGUAUUACUGACCUCACGGGAGGAGUCCACUGCAACUUCUGCUGAACAAGACUGUGUUCUGAUGAGGAACAGACUCUCAGAGGCACGUGUGAGGCAGAAUUCACAUAAGUGAAGGAAUAACUUGAAAGCGGUCAUUGACACACUGCUAAUGAAUUACUACUGAGUAUUUUAGUCCGUUUAAAGCUGUGAUCGUGAUGCUCUGAAUGUUCUGUUUUAUAUCAAAUCAACUAUUACACAAAAAAUUAAGGUUUUAGAUUAAACUUUUAAUUUUCAUUUUGGUGUCUUUUGUUUUAAAAAGAUAUUUUGUCAAAGUAAAAUUUCAUUGAAAGUAGUUUGGUGGAUAAUCAAAGGCUGUUUUUUGUUUAUGUGAACGUUUAUAUUAAUAUGCAGUUAAAAUUGAGCAGACUCUGGUUGUCUGAACAUGCAUAAUAUUAUAAUUCGUCAUUUUCAUUAGGCAUACAUAUAAUUUUUUUUUUUUUAAUGUUAAAUUUGUAUUGUUUUGUUGUAUCAGUGCAAUAACUGUACUCCUCCCACAGGUGGAGCUGUUGUUGUAGAAAAUACACUGAACAGCCUAGCAAACGGCUAGUAAGGAGAGACUACUUUCAGAAUUGCUUUUAUUCUUGACGAGAGGUUGCAAAAUUGCAGUGAUCUAUUCCAAGCUAUGAGAAAUUAAUGCAUUUCCGUUUGCCUUUCUUGUCAUGUGGACACACACACGUGUUUGUACACAGCAUUCUAAUGUUUCCUUUCUGGUUCCUGCCACUAUUUUGAGGAGCUGUAAUGAGCUGUAAGAUCUCCAGCUAAAACUGCAGCCGUCAUCUUUAGUCUUCCUGCAAGUGUGCAUCUUUGAAAUUGCUUGUUGUACUUCUGGGCUGACUAAUAUUAGCGGUCUUAUUUCAAGACAACAGCAUUCAUGUCUCAAAAGAGCUCAGCAGAAUGAGUUUCAGGAGAAAUGUGUUUGGGUCACUUUCAGACUUUUAUCUGCAAGUCAUAUAUGAUGAAGAAAUACAACUCAUCGAUACAAUUCCAAGACAGCAUUGAGGUCGUCACACUUCAAUAAGCAGGACAAACAUUUCACACACGUGCGCAUGUGUAGUUUGAAAGCAGUUUUCCAGAAAAACAUGUGUUAGCAUGUCUUUGAUUUUUAAGACAUAAAGUACUUUGUUCUUGCUUCAUCAGUCUUUUUUAUGCUGUAUGCACUAAUUAAUAGAAUAAAAUUUUUAACAGUGAUUUUGUGAUGUGUUCGGUUUUAUUGCAGGCUGUGUUGGAGGACAGAAUCUGAUGUGGCUCAUCAAGCAUUUUGAUCUGAUGUGAGAAUACUUCCUCAACAGCCAUUUAUGAGCAUUAUGUAUUUAUAGCACACAUUUAGGCUAUUAAAAGCUUGCAGUGUUAAAAGUUGCAGUGCUAAGUGUUCACCAGUCUCAGGGUUCACAGCCUCCCGAACACCAGUAGUUUCAGUAUUCAGAAAAGAUUAAUUACUGUCUGAUAUUUCAGUUAGGAGAUAAAGGUUAGGAUGGUGAUUUUUUUUUUUUUUUUUUUUUUUUUUCUCCUCUCAGCAGCAUUGCAACACGUUGUGAGUGUUCACUGGCAUUGGCGUUUGGUGUUUGUUUUUGACAUCUGAUAGAGCGUUUGGACCCGAAACAGUGACGUGUGAUGCCAGAUCCAGCUGUUGCUGGAAGUCCAAAUAUUAAAGCAUUGCAAUUGUUUUUGAACGGCAAAAGAAUUGUGUGGAGCAUUCAAACAGGUGGAUGUGAUUUUCCUGAUAUUGUAGAGCAUCACCUUUACUGAGCUCCACAGCAUGUGAGUCAUUCCACAAAACCGGUACGAUUUGAGUCCCUCUGACCUUUCUAAGUGUAUUUUAUCUAUUGGGUCACCAAAAUCUAUUUUUAAAAGCUUUUUGUAUUAAUUGAAAUGUCUCCCUUAAUAAGGGUUAAAAACAUGACAUACAUUUGAUCUUUAUAUUAGAAAUUAUCUUGUCUUUUUCCCGUUGACACCACCUAUUUCGUCAUGUCCCUCGUGGCCUUCUAUGAAAGUGUACUUGGGAUAUGAAUAAUAAAAUUAGAAAAAGGAACAUACAUUUUGCCAUUCUCAUAAAUAUCUAUCUGUGCUUCUAGGCUGUUAAUGUUUUUUUUUUCUAAAUAAAUUCAUGAUUAUUCAUUAAAAUCA